AUGGGCUCAGAUUGUUCCAAGUCAAAAAAUGAUUCUGUUUCGAAAGGAAAUACCAAUAUAGUUAAAAAAAACUCUAAUGAUGGUGUUAAUUCGAAUAAAAAUAGAAUAAGCCAGGAUUCAAGUAAUAAUGGAAAUCAUGAACAAACUAAGAAUAAAAAGGAUAACCAUAAGAUUUUGGAAGUUCCACAAUUCACCAGUAAAGCUGUUAAAGAAAGAAUCCCAAGACCAUGGAGAUCUUUAGAAGAUCUAACUUUUCAAUGGAAAGAGCUUGAUGUUAAAGGUUCUCAUUUUAAAGUUAGAUAUAUUACACCAAAUAUGUUCUUUAAUCUUUGGGCUCAAUCAAAAAAUUCGAAUCCAUUUGGAAAUUAUGGUAUUACUUUUGUUGAUUCUCAAAGUUUUUAUUAUGAUGUUAAAGUAUUGGAAGCCAAUAGUGAAGAAGAAGAAGCAAUGGCUAGAUUAGCUUCAAAAGGAGCAUUGAUGAAAAAAACUGUAAUAGGAGCUUUGCAACCUUUUAGAAGCUUUUCAAAACAGAGUACCACAAUUUAUGAAACUAGUAAUGAAUUGGCCUUUAAAAAAAUUAAUAGUACCAAAUACUCUGAUGCUAUAUUAAGAUACUCAAGAACAAUAAAUACUUGGCUUCUUGAGCAAAUUAAUAAUAAAGUUGUUGUUCUUUUCGAUCACCUUUGGGAAGGGAAUGCUUCAAUAAGAGGUGAUCGUGUUUCACAUGAAUCACAAACUUUUCUUGAUAUUAUGAGUUGCUGUUCAUGUAGACCUGAGCGUAUUUUCAUCUUAGCUGGAGGGUUUGCUUCACUUAGUCCAAGAUAUGAAGGAUGUAUCGACGAGAAUCCAAUCUGUUCGGAAUUCUCUGAUAAUAAUUUACCAUCCAGAUUUGCAUGUGAAUCUAUUCCUCUGUUUCCGGUUCUCACUCAUUUUUGUGUUUUUACAUGUGAUAUAGGAAUUCUCGCACAUAAUGAUUGGGAUAAAAGUAAAGAUAGAUUCAAUAUAACCAAAAUUGUGAAUUUAACUAAUUAUCCAGAUAUCUUUAAAUUCCCAAAAAGUUCUAAGAUCAAAUAUUACAGUGUUCCAUGUUAUAAUACAGAAAGUCCUGAUUAUUGGGGAGUAGUCAAUAUUAUAAGGCAAGCACAUCAUUUUCGGAAAUCUGUAUUAUUAGUAGAUUCCUCUGGUGAUUAUCACUCACUGAAUAUUGUAGCUUUAUUCUUAAUUGAAUUAGGAUAUAAACCAUCAGAAGUUGUUAAAUACAUCACAGAAAGAAGAUUUGGAUUUAGCUUUGAUGGUUUUAUUCUUGACCUAUUUGAACAGGUUUACGAGAAAACUCAAUCAACUCCUGAAAAACUUCGUCCUGUUAGACCUCCAAUUAAAUUUCCAACUGAUAAGAUUAGUAAUCAUGAAGUUGAGAAAAAGAUAGUUGAUGCUGUUGAAAAUAUUUUUUCAGAAGAAACUUUAAAUGGCAAAGAAGGAAGCUAUGAAUGUCUUAAAAAUGUUGUAAUUCUGCUUAAAAAUGUUAUCUCUUUUCCAAAUAAUCCAUUCUAUAGAACUGUCAGUCUUGAAAAUGAGAUCUUUAAAAACUCGGUUGGCAAAUUUAGUCAAGGAAUUGAAAUUCUUCGAAUUUCUGGUUUUGAAAUAGUUGAAAAAGACAAUGAUAAGAAGAUAAAGCUUCCAAUUGAAGCUAAUAUUAACUUGUGCAAAUUUUCCUUAUCUUGUUUGUACCAAGAAAUUGCGAAGCACUCUUUCAAAAAUAAAGAGCACCGUAUCUUGUAG